UUGACGCGAAUCGAAUCGGCUGUUCCCAACGCAGUAACGUUGAUAAUAUACACGCUUCGCGAGCGCGACGCGCGUAGUCAACAAUUACAAACUUGCAUUCUCCCGAGCGUCAUGUUUAUUUACAUCGCAACGAAAUCACUGACAACGAUAAAAUAAUCUGUGACAGUUUGAUCGUCACCUGUCGAGAAAUUUGGCCGACAGCGAGUCGAAAAGUUCACGGGAAGAAAAGCCAACGACAAGGUUGACAUCGUACCAGGAAACAUGGAUGGGUUCGCGGACGAAUCUUGGUUCGAUUACGCGAAAUGUCAGGUGAACGUAAUCUCGGCGAGUAACGAAGCGAGAUGAGGCGACGCGACGCGACGGUAGCACACAACUGUAAACAAACCGUGAGCCGACUGUCAUUCGAUCGAUGGAACAGCUGUCAAUGAUGCAGAAUUAUAUAUCGUUUACAUCGUACAUACCUUUUGUCCAACCGGAGUCAGGACCAGGCCUGGAAAUCGAGCACCUAACCUCAGUAUUUUCACGAGACCGUGCCUAACGAGUUUUCUACCGGAACAUUUCUUCGGAUCGCAUUGUUCGAGGUCCCACAUGGCAACCGGAAAGGAAAGGGGCCAUUCUUCGCUUUCCUCUAAACAAAUUCAAUUGCAAUGUUCUCGUGUUUUCCUCGAAACCGUAUAACCGAAAGUCUCGUCUUUUUCUCCUAACCUGAUUCUUCGUCAUCCUCCUUGUCAGACUUGUCCCUUUCUUGUCGAUACUUUUCUUCUUUCCCAACCACAUGACGAGGUCUCCUCGUUAAUAUUUUCUUUUUAUUUUUCUUCCCGCGAGAUGACAUGAAAUUUCGUAACGAUUUGUAAUUUGACACUACAGAUUCGCGUGCUCUUCAAUGACUACUUGCUGCACGCGUACUUAUGCACCUACACAACUUGGCUCUCUCGACUCUUUAUGUAUACACUGCCACUGCAUCGAACGGCCCUGGAAUACUCCCAUAGUGUGAGUAACAACUGUAACAAGUGGCCGUUUUGUUCUCAAUGGGAUCGCGGAGCACAAAUCGUUCGGAGUACGAUGCUUCUUUAAAUAUGUGUUUAAAAGCGUUCUCAUUCGUAUAAGAAUGCAUCGUGUACCGUGAUAUUUCAUUUAAUUACAAAAAUAUGGAUCCAGAGAACGUUGGCAAAGAAACAAUUUUAAAAGUAACAGAUUGGUUACGUGGAAUUUGGGAGAUGAGACGUAAAACUGGCCCGGUUCAACAAUGGGUUGAUUCAUUACCGUCACCUGCAAAAUCAAAUUUAUCAAUGGAAAAUCAACAUCAAGAUGGACCAUUUGGAAAAGUUACUGUUUCAUUACCACCAACAGAGCCUAAGGAUAUUCCAUAUUCUAUGGAAGUUAAAUCCCCAAAAAUGACCAUAUCUGCGCCUAUUAAUGUUCCUAAUAUGUCGAUUAUUAAUGCAUCUGCUCAACCCAGUUCGUUGCCUCAUAAACUGAUGCGCGAUCCAAGUUUGCAGUCUGAUAGCAGUCAUUGCAGUAGUGUGGAAAGCUUGUUAGAACUACGAAAAGCAGAUCCUGAAGCUGUUUUACUUGGCUUAGGGUUUGGUGGUUCUUCGAGUAGUCCUCAAGACAAUGGCUCUCUUUCUCGUAUACCAAAAAGAUUUUUGCAGCCGUCAAAGCUAAAGGGCAUAGCCAUUAAUGAUUUUGUGAAGCAACAACAAGAAACAAGCGAGUCCUUUGAUUCUGUGUCGUUAGGAUAUCGAGGAUUAACAGGUUCACCGUACGUAGCACCGUCGGAAAUCGUACAAAAAAUUAUGCAAUGCUUACGAGAACAUGAAAGUCAUGAACAAGAUCCGUAUGCACUCUAUAAUUCUUACGAGCAAUACAGUCCGUUGCAACAAACUAGUGGUACACUUUCUGUACUAUCACCGGAUAAUAGGCAGUUUUUGGAACGACCACGUUCAAAAAGCCCCGAUAUGCGUAAUAAACGUAUGAUUAUUGGACAAAAAUCAUUUGCAUUUGGACAUGAUGGGAACCUAAUUGAAAUUAAUUCCUCCAAUGUGAAAAGAAUACGCGAAAAUAAUAUAAACAGUGAACCUAGUUCUAUUGGAAAUUCACAAAUAUUUUUCGGGACUGUAGAAAACAUGAACGUAGAUCACAGUAAAAUGUUCGAAGAUACGGCUAUCCAGAAAAUCAACAAUAUAUUACCAAAGAAAUUGUCGUUUGAUGAUAGUAUAGAAAUUUGCGACGCUAACAUUAAUGAACCGUUGGAGACAGAUAAGGAGUACAUAAAUACACCUAACAUAAAAUUUGACGAAGGUAUUGAUUUCAAACAACAUACCUCUUUAAAUAUAACAUCGCAAAAUUUAUCCGAUAUUCGAAGAGCUAGUGAUGGGGCCUGUGAUAUGAAAAUCGAAAGUGAUAUACCGAUAGUGCAGUCUCGAAGACACAGUGAUAGCUUUGUUCAUACGACUGAGAAUGGUAAUAAUGAGUCCAUUCUGUCACAGAAAAGGAGAACCUUGAAACGUCAGACUAGAGUAAGUGAUGUAGACGCAGUCAAUUACUGUAAUUUCAAUUCCAAGACACGUACUUCCGAGACAAUGGAACAGAAAGUAAUACACUCGCAGAAAAAAAUAGAUACGCGGGUACAUAGUAAGAGCACUCAAACAACCUCACUUAAAAAUAUCACUGAAAAUGUAGGAUUAAAAAACGAAAACGAUAGUUAUAGUAUGACGCACGGUUCAAGUACAUUUGCGGCAGAAGUAAGUGAUUGUACCCGUUGUAUAGAUAAUAGUUUUGACGAAGAAAAGCAAAAUCAUGAUGUCGAUAAACAUUAUGAUAGACAGAAAAAUCAAUCUUUAAACCAAACAUGUAUCGAUGAUGAAGAGAGUACAACGAAUUGUUGUUGUUGUCGUUCUGGUUCUACAAAAUAUUGGGAGAAGGUGGACAAAAUUAUACAAGAAAAUAAGAAUUUUGAGAAUAUGGUAAAAAAGAAUAGAAGAGAAAUGGCAGAAAUCCGUGAAAUGUUAAGCAACGUAUUAUCCGUGCGAUUAGAACCUGGUUUUUAAUCUGAAUAAAUAAAUAUAAUGUGAAAAGAAUUAUUUGGAACACACAAGCGAUAACAAUGAUUAUCGUUUCAUCGUUUGUAAAACAUUUUAUUUCGUAUAGUAUAUUUCAAGUUCCAGUUCAAUCUAUUUGACAAAUGAAAUAUUUAUUUCAUAUGUAUCAAUAAAUAGGGGUCUAUAAAGGCAUUUUUUAACACUACAUAUAGUAAAACUGGUAUGCGGAAGUAUCUCAGGAAGUAAAUUUAGUAUUGUAAUAACUAUUAAUUUCAAUGAUCCAUAUAUGAGGGGACAUCUUUAUUUGUAACUGUUGCAUUUUCAUGCUUACAAUUAUAAAUAAAGAUGUAUUUGUAUCUUGUUAUGUUUUCAAAUUUUAUUCUUAUUAUAUAGAUGUAUAAAUCAAAUACCAAUGUUCGAUACAUAAUGAUAGGUAUAAACAAGUUUUCAUUAUCAAAUAUGAUUAUAGUGUUUCGUUAUGUUUGAAUAAUAUUUUUAUUCUAUUAUUGUACUUGUUAAUUUUGAUAGAUUUCUUUGUUAAAUGAUUAAAAUUAUAUUAUUGUUACAUCAACAUGUGAAUAGUUUUACAGUAUGACCCUGCGUGUAUUCAAUUUUAUUAGUAUCAAAGGGUAAUAAUGCUAUAUCAUGUUUCCACCAGUAAAAGAAGUUUGUAGAAUUUUCAGCUGCAAUUUUGUUCAGCGAUGAUAUGCUAAUAAUCCAUAACAAUAACAACAACAACAACAACAACAACAAUAUUAAUAUUAAUAAUAAUUUAUUGUAUUUCGUCAUUUAUAAUUGAAACAUAAUGAACUAGUAAAAAAUGUGAUAAUUACUGAACAUUGUUAUCUACGUGCAAUAUUUUACAUCACACAGUUAAAAUGUUUUUGUGGUGUUUUCAAAGUUUAAUAUUUUCAAUACGACUGUAAUCGGGAACAUGAUCAAACAAAAAUUUAUAUCUUUUUCUCGAAAUGGAAAACAUUUUUUAUAGGUAUUUUGACGACUGCUUAUAUUUGUAGCGUGAACAUUAAUAUUAUAUAAAUUACGUUCCAGAUACGCGUGAACAUCGUAUUUGUUUUUAAUGAUACACAUUAGACACACAAAAAAUCGCAUCAACUUAUAAAGAUAUAACUAUGUACCAUCAUCUCAUGCCUACAAAGUGCACAAAACUAAAAUUUCUAUUUUUUAUAUUGUAUUUCGUUUCUUUUAAUAUUAUGUAUUAUAAAAGGUAAUAUAUUUAUUAGAAUUUAAAUAUUAAUCAAUGAUCCAAUAUUAAGAUAAACAUUAAAAAUAAAUUAUAUUAUUCUUCCAAAGUAUAUCUUUUAUCAAAAGAUAAGAAAAAGCAAAAAUAUUUCAAGUUUUAUAUUUUUUUCUUGCUUUAAAGUUUCAUACUAUUUUGCAUUUUUGUUUUGUUUUGAUGAAUUAAAAUUUUAAAGCAAUAUGUUUUUACAAUUUGUUCAUGCAAUCAGUAUGGAGAAAAAAUAAACUAUAAAAGAAAGUUGUGUGUAUGCUGUUUUCAUACAUGCUUGUACCAAUCCUGUGUUAUACACGUCUGUGGUUACAAUUAAUGAUUUAUUUGUAGUAUGAAACGAAUAUUGUUUUAUUUGAACUUUUCGGUAAUAUCAUAUUUCAACAUAUAAACACUUAACUAAUUAAAGAAAAUAUGAAUGUAAGAGACACAAGUACUGUAAAUCUACACAGCAUGUAUUUUUCAAUUUUGUCUAAAAUUUUAAGAAGAGAACUGAUUUUUCGGGAGAAAUCGCUUUUUCAGGUUUUUUCAAAUAUAUCAUUUAAUGUUUAGACUUUUAAACUUAUAAUGAAAAUUAUAUUUCUUACCAUAUGCCUACAUUCCAAUAAGUUUGAUGUACAUAGAUUAUACAAACAGGAGAGUUGUUUUUGUGUUAUGUUUAAGAAACGAUAAAAUGUACAAAUACGGGAACACUGAAUAAAUAUUUAACACAAUUAGUUUUUACCCUC